CGUGGCACGGUAUGCUAUCUAGCCAGGAAGGACGGGGAGGAGUACAUCAUAAAGGAUCACUGGGUUCUUGGGGGAAAAACCCAGGUCCUGAACGAGAUUUCUAUGCUGAAGAAGAUGGAGGGGGUCCGUGGCGUUCCUCGCCUUGUCGAAUACUGGCUCAUGGAGAGUGAGCCUGACGAGGUCGAUGAAACAAGGAGGUAUCAUUUCAAGACUCCGCGCAGCAUAAAAGGCACCUCGCGUACUCAUGUUCACCUGGUCUUGAAGCCUCGUGCGCGACCAUUGCAUCAAUUUCGCUCACAUGCGGAGUUAUUGACCGCGAUACGGGAUAUCGUGAAAAUUCAGAAGUACGCAGUAGAAACACGCAAAGUUAUUCACCGUGACUGCAGUUUGAACAAUGCAAUGAUCGAGGACGAUGGAAAUGGUUCCCACGGAACGCUAAUCAAUUGGGAG